AUGGGAUCGGUUGAAUCAAGUAAUGGGAGUUUACUCAUAACUCCGGCCAAUGGGCAGGAGAAUCAAAUUGGACGGCUUCUGUAUAAGAUUCCAGUCAUUGCUUGGCCCGCUAGCUUUGUAACUAUUUUUACUAUUAGAAUCGUGGUUGAUCCUCAGUCUAAAAUGUCCGGUGAUGGAAUGGCGUUUGUCAUUGCUCAAGAUGAUCAGCCUUCACCGCAAUUAAGUUAUGGUUCUUAUAUGGGGAUCCUUGGUCCUUCAGCACAAUGUGGAAUUCCUCGCCAACUCGCGGUAGAGCUAGACACAUACAAGAACGAGUUCGUGGGAACCGGUCAAGGUAAAGAGUCUAGGAAGUUUAGGGAUUGA